AUGACGAAACGUACUUUUGCUUGGAAUGUGGCGACCCCACGCAUAUUGCUGGAUGAUCUGGAUUUUGCCCUACCACCUGACGAUAGGGAGUUACUUAAGAGUCCCUCAGAGAAAAAGGCUAUCAUCUAUCAAAUACAUGCGAUACACCGCGAGGAGCCACCUGCACGGAAUACAGUACAAAGAGAGAGGGUAUUACGACGAACACCUUCAUGA